GUGUUGCUGUGUGCAGUCUCGGCGGUGUGGCGUCUCCUCCAGACAUGACUCAGAGUAACGGGGAGACGCGUCUGCAGCGCAGCAGAGUCCAGCAGCUGCGGGAUGGCCUGACCGAGCGCUCGCUGAGGGCCAAAAACACUGUCCAGAACAUCUCCAGCAAUGACGUCAAGGGCUUCUUCAGGAGGAACGCUUUCGUCAUCCUCACUGUCGCCGCUGUCAUCGUGGGAAUAAUCCUGGGAUUCGGACUACGGCCGUAUAAGAUGUCUUAUCGUGAGGUGAAGUACUUCUCUUUCCCAGGAGAGCUGCUGAUGCGCAUGCUGCAGAUGCUGGUGCUCCCCCUGCUGGUGUCCAGUUUGAUCACAGGAAUGGCAGCUCUGGACAGCCGAGCUUCAGGGAAGAUGGGAGUGAGAGCUGUGGUUUACUACACCACCACCACUAUCAUCGCCGUCUUCAUCGGCAUCGUCAUGGUGCUCAUCAUCCACCCAGGAAAAGGCUCAAAAGAUGAAUUCACCAAACACGAGAAAAUCGAACAAGUCAGUCCAGCAGACGCCUUCCUCGAUCUCAUCAGAAACAUGUUUCCGCCAAAUCUGGUGCAAGCUUGUACACAACAGUUUAAGACACAGUAUGGCAAGAGAGUGGUCACAGUUAAAGUCCUGGUGAACGACACACUGUUCAGUCUGAAUAACGGCACGCAGGAGCUCAAACGGGAGGAGGUGAUCCCGGUGCUGGGAACCGUAAACGGUAUCAACGCUCUGGGAUUGGUGGUUUUCUCCAUGUGCUUCGGCCUGAUCAUCGGGAACAUGAAGGAGCAGGGCCAGCCGCUGAGAGAUUUCUUUGACUGUCUGAACGAGGCCAUCAUGAGGCUGGUGGCCAUUAUCAUGUGGUACGCUCCGCUGGGUAUAAUGUUCCUGAUUGCUGGAAAGAUAGUGGAGAUGGACGAUCUGUCAGAAAUGGGUGGUCAGCUGGGCAUGUACACCAUCACAGUCAUCAUUGGCCUGCUGAUUCAUGCAGUCAUCGUACUGCCAUUGCUCUACUUCCUUGUGACGCGAAAAAAUCCAUUCGUGUUCAUCGCUGGACUUCUGCAAGCCCUAAUCACUGCGCUCGGUACCUCCUCCAGCUCUGCCACUCUGCCCAUCACCUUUAAGUGUCUAGAGGAAAACAACGGCGUGGAUAAACGCGUGACCCGCUUCGUGCUGCCCGUCGGUGCCACUAUUAACAUGGAUGGCACUGCUCUGUAUGAAGCUCUGGCUGCCAUCUUCAUCGCACAGGUCAAUGACAUGGAGAUGAACUUUGGAGAGAUCCUAACUAUCAGCAUCACAGCAACAGCAGCCAGUAUUGGUGCCGCUGGAAUCCCUCAAGCGGGCCUUGUUACCAUGGUGAUUGUGCUGACCUCUGUGGGACUGCCCACUGAUGACAUCACUCUGAUUAUCGCUGUUGAUUGGUUCCUAGAUCGACUCCGCACCACCACCAACGUUUUAGGAGACUCCAUUGGCGCUGGCAUAGUGGAGCAUCUGUCACGUCACGAGCUGCGGUCCAUCGACGCGGAGAUCGGGAACUCUGUGUUGGAGGAGAACGAGACCAAGAAAUCCUACCAGCUCAUCUCUCAGGAGAGCGAGAGUGACAAUGCCAAGAUCCCUGACAGCGAGAGCAAAAUGUAACUCCUGUUUCCUGAGGAGUUUCAUUUGCUGGAGGUUUUGUACAAACACUAGUGACUUAGUCAGACACUACUAGUCUGAUAUUCAUCUCAAGUUCUUUUAUUAUUCCUCUCAAAGACAUCCAAAUGUGUGAAGUCCAAGCAGAGACGGACACGUGCGGUCCACUGUUUUCUUGUAGAGUAAAUGGAUUAGUUUGGUAAAGAUCUGAUUGCAUUAGAUGUGUUUUUAUUAACUUUAGAUGUCCAGGUUUGGUGUUAUUAAUUCAAAACUUGUCGUUGUGGAAAUUGUUUGAUAAAAAUGAUGGCUCUACAAAAUAAAUUGACUUUAAAGUGGUAAAUUGAA